AUGGAGAGGACAUUGCAGUCCUUAAGAAGGCUGUGUUGCAAGGGUCCGUCAGGCCCUGGAGCCCCUUCUAAGGUCCGAGUCCCAGAGCCUAAGGGCUUCAACGAUAACAGGAACGUGAAGGAGUUAGAGAACUUCUUGUGGGACAUGGAUCAGUUCUUCAAGGCUGCUCACAUUCCUGAUGGUGAGAAGGUGUCCAUUACCAGCAUGUAUCUGACUGGUGAUGCCAAACUAUGGCGGCAAACCAGGAUGGAAGACGAUGCAAAGUCUGGAAGACCCCAAAUCACCACUUGGGAGACUUUGAAAAAGGAACUGAAGGAUCAGUUCCUCCCCACUAACACUGCGUGGGUACCCAGAGAAGCGCUGAAAAGGCUUAGACACAUCGGAUCUGUGAGGGACUACGUCAAGAAAUUUAGUUCCUUGAUACAAAACUUAGGAAGCAAGGGGUUCACCAUGGCUGUAGCAGACUGCUUGGUGGACUACAAGAUGGGUGGCGCCAUCUCCACCAUACAGAGGCCCAAGUCAAAUGGAGAUAAAAAUGCUAAGGCUGAGGGCAAGACUUCUAAGAAGUCUGGAGACUGUCCCAAAAGAGAGAAACUCUUAGCCCUUGUGACUACAGACGACAAGGGAGACUCUGACUCAAAGACCCCUCCUAGAGUCAACCCACUGCAACUCCUGAACGUGAAGGCCUUGGUGGAUAGUGGUGUCACUCACAACUUCGUGGCCACUAGAGAAGCAACCAGGUUGGGAUUGAAGUUGGAAGAGGAUACCAGUCGGAUCAAGGCAGUCGAUAGCAAAGCCCAGAAGAUCCAAGGUGUAGCCAAGAACGUCCUCAUACAAAUUGGUGACUGGAAUGGCAUGUGCAGCCUACUCUGUGUACCAUUGGAUGACUUUGACUUGAUCCUUGGAGUAGAUUUUCUCUUGAGGGCCAAGGUUGCCUUAAUCCCACAUCUUGGUGGACUGAUGGUAUUAGAAGAGAAGCAGCCUUGCUUCGUGAAGGCCUUGAGGGCGAAGGAUGGUGGUAAGGGACAGUCCGAGAUGCUAUCUGCUAUUCAAUUAAAGAAGGGAUUGAAGAAGGGCCAAGAGACUUAUGUUGCAGCCUUGAUCGAGAUCAAGGAGGGACAGUCUGUGGAAGUCCCUGACUUAGUGGUCAAAAUCCUUAAGAAGUUUAGAGAUGUGAUGCCUGCAGAACUCCCUAAGGAGUUUCCACCUCGGCGACCUAUUGACCACAAGAUCGAAUUGCUGCCUGGAACAAAGGCCCCGUGCCUGAUCCAGCCCUUAAGGGCCCCAUAUGGUGCACCAUUGCUGUUCCAAAAGAAGCAUGAUGGCUCUCUCCGCAUGUGUGUGGACUAUAGAACCCUCAACAAGUUGGACCUGAGAUCGGGCUACUGGCAAGUGAGAAUUGCAGUAGGAGAUGAGGGGAAGACCACCUGUGUAACUCGAUAUGGAUCAUACGAGUUUCUGGUAAUGCCCUUUGGACUGACUAACGCCCCUGCUACAUUUUGCAAUUUGAUGAAUGAUGCUCUGUUUGAUUACUUAGAUGCAUUUGUGGUAGUGUAUCUAGAUGAUAUUGUGGUUUAUAGUAAGACUCUAACAGAACAUGAGAAACACUUGAGAUUGGUGUUUCAGAGAUUGAGGGAAAACAUGCUUUAUGUAAAGCCAGAGAAAUGUGAGUUUGCUCAUGAGGAGAUCACAUUUCUAGGACACAAGAUCAGUGCAAGCCUAAUCAUGAUGGACAAAGGCAAGAUGCAGGCUAUUAUGGAAUGGUCAGUCCCUACCAAAGUGACGGAGUUGCGGUCCUUCCUUGUCUUGGCUAAUUAUUACAGAAGGUUCAUUAAGGUGUAUUCAAAGAGGGUGUCUCCCUUUAUUGACCUGUUGAAGAAGGACAACCAGUGGGAUUGGAGCAUGCAAUGUCAGAUGACCUUUGAAGGCUUGAAGGAAGCCAUCUCCACUGAGUUUGUGUUGCGGUUGCUAGACUUGGACUUGCCCUUUGAAGUCCAAACAAAUGCUUCAGAUAGAGCCUUGGGUGGAGUCUUGGUGCAAGAAGGGCACCUUGUGGCGUUUGAAAGUAUGAAGCUGAAUAAUGCUGAGCAGAGGUACUCCACUCAUGAGAAGGAGAUGACGGUUGUGGUUCAUUGCCUACAGCAGUGGAGGCACUACUUAUUGGGAAGCAUUUUUACAAUAGUCACUGACAAUGUUGCCAACACCUUCUUCAAAACUCAGAAAAAGCUGAGUCUUAGACAAGCGCGAUGA